GUCCGGGCAGAGCUAUCCGCUUCUCGCUCUCAGGUGCCACCGGUCCUUUCGGUCCCCAAUCCCCCACAACCGACUUUUUUCCAAAUUUCUGGCCGGCUCUGAAACCUGAGAACGAUUCUGUCUUUUUCCCACAUCUUCUCCAGUCCGCCGGUACAUCGACGCAUCCGACCUGUAUAUUUUCUGUCGUUAUCUGUCUAGGCACCUGUCUCCUUCAGCAGUCUGUAUACUUACGUGAAGUGAUCAACCUUCUGUAAGAAUCUGUCCUUCUUCGGAACUCUGCCUAAGCCCUCUGGAACCUCGGUCGAUUUGCUCUCCCCGCUCGGCGUUUUAAUUUGUAUUCCCUCUGCGCAUCCACGCGACGCUAAGAAAAAGGCUAGAAGGGAGGAAAGUAAGAGAAAAGGAAGAAGAGAAAGUAGGGGUCUCGCGAGUCGGUUAGCUGUGGGGCUGCGAGUCGGCGUGUGCGGUGAUGGCUGUGGUGGUGGCGCUGAUGCUGCUCUUCGGCUCGUCUCUGGCGCAGGAGGGCGGCGCGGCCGAGGCGACGACGCCGGCGUCCGGCGAGCCGCAGUGCGCCUCGUGCCUGCUGCGCGAGGAGCUGCGCAACAUGAGCCUCAACAACAUCAAGAUGCAGAUCCUGAGCAAGCUGGGCAUGAAGCACCCGCCCAACAUGACGGGCCGCCAGCGGCCGCCCAUCCCCAGCAAGGUCCACACCUGGCUCGACCUGUACCAGAGCGGCGGCGGGGGCGCGCCCGCUGCGUGGGCGGACAUGCAGGGUGACGAGCCGGCCGGCGCCACCAGCCGCCUGCCGCGGCCCGGCCCGCUGCCCUCGGACCCUGACGACGACGACUUCCACGCCCGCACCGAGCAGGUGCUCGCUUUCGCCCGCCCGCACACGAAGCUGCCGUACGGCCGGCGCAGCCACGACGUGCAGAUGUUCCGCUUCUCGGAGAAGGUGAUGCGCAACGUGGUGACGAACGCGACGCUGUACCUGUACCUGCGCGACGCCGGCGGCGGCCGCAGCAGCGGCAGCAUCAACGUGACCGUGAUGCGCGUGCUGAGCAACCCGCAGCAGCAGGAGUCGCCCAUGCUCGAGGUGGUCUACGUCAAGAACCACGUGUCGCUGCAGCUGCCGCACUGGUACGCCAUCGAAAUGCAGAAGGUGGUGGCGCACUGGUUCCGCUUCCCGCGCGAGAACCACGGCAUCGUCGUGCAGGCCGUGGACAGCGCAGGCAGGCAGCUCGUCGUCACCACCGCCGACCAGGACGACGGCUCGAGGGUGCCUUUCAUUGAAGUGCUGACAGCGGACGGGAGGAAGCACCGCUCAAAGCGCACCGUUGGCCUGAACUGCGACGAGCGCUCAGAAGAAACGCGCUGUUGCAGAUAUCCUCUCACCGUCGACUUUGAAGAGUUCGGCUGGGAUUGGAUUAUCGCGCCAAAGAAGUACGAAGCCAACUACUGUGCUGGUGAAUGCCCGUACGUCUUCCUGCAGAAGUUCCCCCACACGCACAUUGUCCACCUAGCGAAUCCAGCCGGAAGUAUAGGACCCUGCUGCGCCCCGCGGAAACUCUCGGCCAUAUCUAUGCUCUACUUCGACAAUGAAUACAACAUCAUUUACGGUUUAUUGCCUGGAAUGGUCGUCGAUCGUUGUGGAUGUUCUUAAAUGCCACAUUUUAAUUACGAACUGUUUCCUGUGCAAGUCGAAAAUUGAUGAGCCCGUAUAUUAGCCGUCUCAAAAUUCAUAACGGUACUGUUUACGAUGGCAGGUGAAGUGUGAAAAUCCAUAACUUGCGGCUCAUUUCGAAAUGAAUAUUUUGAAGGAAAAAAAAGAUAUAAUUUAUUUCUUAGCGUUGGUGACACAUUCCAAAGGGUAUUUUCAAUGUUAUUUCCAACUUAAUUAUUUUGUAUUAUCUGUGAAAAAUCGAGCGUUCAAUUGUAAUCGUGCAACUACGUAUACACAAAUGCCAAUACAACUGUGUAACGAAAGGGACAGUUUUUCUGUCUGUCCAGAGAUGGUCAUUACGCACGUAAUUUGGAAGCUUCUCUAGGGCAAACAUUAUUAUUAAACUUAAAUAAAACAGUAGCGUAAGCAAUAUUCACACUGUUUGGUGAUCAUCUCAGCUUUUUUAUUGCACUUUACUGCUGUGGUUGCACCUUAAUGUGCAAAAUGAAGGGUAUUGACGAAUUUCUCAGUUCUAUAAUGGGGACUAGAGGCAGAGGCUGCGUUAUCCUACGUAAUGUAGAGAAUGUCCCCGAAAUAAAUGAAAGAAAGGUUUAAAAUUGCAAUAUUAGUGUAACUUAUGAUAAGCGUGAAUCAUGUCGAUUGGCAAUACUUGCGUGCUACUGUUACACAAUUCCGAGAAAAUUCUGUAUUCCGUAAAUUGUUAUCAAAUUUUGGUUACAAGUCUAUAUUAAUACCGAUGUGAUAGAAGAAACACUGUAAAUGUCCAUUUAUUUGUGUACACGUGACUUCAUAUAGCCACAAUUAUAAGUAUUGAUUUUGUAUACAUGGUUGCAUUUGUGUUUGACGGCAUUUCCAAAAAGAAACCAAUAGAUUAUUGUCAUAAUAAAUGCAAUUUUUAUUGAGAAUGUGAUCUGUCAGACUAAUUACAUUAAUUUAUUUGUAAUCGGAAAUUAAAUGAAUGAAUAUUAAUUCAGAAUAGGCGACAGACCUGUGUUGAUCUAAUUGGAGAUCUUUCUUAGUAAUGUGUAUUUACUGACUGUCAUUAUAGUACUUAUACAUUGAUAUUUCUUCACUGGGGGAUGUAUUUGAUAGUUAAUUAUCUUUUAUGUACCUCAAAGCUGAGAAAUUGGUGUACCCAAUCUCAUAGUGUGUCAAUAACAAAUCAAAAUCCCUGCAAAAAAAUUAUUUCGUGUAAUUAGGUCAGCUCAUUUACUGGCUUACCAAAAAAAGAGAAAAAUAAAAUAAAAUACUAUGGUGUUCUCUGAACUCAAACUAAUGUAAUUACACAGUGCAAAAGUGGCUGAAGCAAUGUGAAAUACCAAUCAAGGCUGUGUUCUCCUGUACAGCAUACUGAUAGUUAUAUUAUGCUGCUUAGGUUAUAAAUUAAGCCAGUAACACCUUAAGGCUACAACAUGAUGUGUUACAUACUUAUUAACCUCCUGAUUACCCCUUUGUUUCCUUUAUGCUCUUUUAGCACGUAGGAAAGCAGUAAAUUAGUUAUUAUACAUUUAUAGAUUAAGUUCAUUUAAAAUGUGUUAUUUGAAGUACCAAAGUCAAACAAAUUGCAGUUAUAUUCAGAAUUCUGAAAAUUAAGUUUCGUGAACUACAUAUGAAAAAAGUUACAUUUAGUGAAUUGCGUUUUAUUAGGAACUGACUGUGUUUCUAGGUGGAUAUUUCUGUGUGUUGUCGUGUGUUUGUGAAAAAUUAAAUGUAUUGUUAUGUGUACUGCUAACUUUGCAUCAUUGUGUCUGUAGUAUAGCCUAUAUUAAACAGAUGAAUGACUUUCAUCCCAUCAGUCACUAUCAUUAAUGAGUGUCUUCAUAUAAACUAUUCAGACUCGGAUAUGUUUUAUAACACAUUUCUGGCAUGGUGUGUGGGACUGUACAUCAGAAUAAAACUACAAGCUGCAUUUAGGUUUUAAUAUGUUUUUCAAACCAAAUUUUCUGAACAACAAUUGGCCCAUAAACAAUUUCAGAAAUAGUUGUAGCACAAUUCUCAACUGUGAUAAAUAAAAUAUUGCUUUCACUUAACCAGGCAUAAAACUUUAGAAGUCUGGCACUGGGAAAACAAAAAUGUGAUGAAACGAGUGUUACUGACUCCUAAUAAUUUUACCACAGUUUCCAUUUCUGAAUAUUUUCAGUCUCGCUAAAAUAUUCCAAAAUAGUUACCCUUAAAUGUACAAUUUCAAAUAUCCAUACAAUUUAUUUUGUGGUGAAGUCAAAAUAUCAAGAAAUCAGCAGGUAGAGAAAUAAAUGUGUGUAAAAUUCUAUUUUCAUGAGGAUCAACAGCUUAAUAAAAUGAUGUCCCACUGUUAUUCAAAAGGAAUGUUCUUGACACACCAGUAGUACACAGAACAAUAUACAACAAAUUUUCCUCUGAUGAUUCUUUUUAUAAAUUUUGCAAAUAAAAAAUGCUGUAACUGCACGUACUGUCAUGAAUGUUAAGAGACAAUGUAAAUUCAAGUGUGGCAUUGAAAUAUUUUUUCCAAUAUACUUUCACACUAUUCCAUACACAGUGAAAAGAAUGAGCAAGAAAAAUGAAGACGUUAAUGUAGCGGAAGUGCAAAAGGUAACAUUUUCAAAGAAUAUUGUGCCUGACAUCUUACUGGAAGGAGUAGGAUAAGAAUAUCCCCAACAUAACAGCAUUUUGAGGGAAAGAUACAGUAUUACCUGAAGAAGUACAAGAUUUGUAGAAAGUAUACAACUUCACAGGAGAAAAUAUACUGCCUAUAGCUAAUUGCUUAUGGUAAUUAUUUAUCCAGUGUUGUUUCACCUUUCUUUGUAGUAAGGUUGUGUUUCUCCUGUGAUGGAAGAUAAAUCAUUAGUACAAUUAAGUUAUCUGUACAUGGAUUGUGAAAUUGGAUUUUAAUACAUGUGACAAAGAGUCAGAAUUUUAUCAGAGUGCUGUUGUGCUGCUUACCUACAGAAUGGUGUCAAUAUCUUGUGCUGAGAUAGCACAGAUCACUCUAGUACUUUAGUUGGCAGUUAAUUACAACUACUUUUUGAAUAUAAUUUCUUUUUCAAAACUGAUGACAAACAUUACCCUUCUCUUACUCACUGAUUGCACACAUUGACACUGCAGUAAUAUUAGAAUCUAUCAGAAUAAUUCUUGACAUUACAGUGACUUAACAAAACCAACACUCAUUCCAUGAGGGAAAUGAGGUAGAUACCACCCACUGGCCUUUAGAAGAACUUUCAUAGUGUAUUGUAAUUCUACAAAGGAGCUGUUUCUUUCGUAUAUAAACAUGUAACAAUGUUAUCUAUAUUCUGUUCAUUUGUGGGAUGUAUGGGAACACUAAAUGCAGGCUGCAGUAAGGUAUGUAGCCAUAGAGAAUUCAGAGUAAUAAGAGUAAUAAGUAUGAAAACGUUCUCCCAGAGAAAAUUAAUGGACUUUGAAGUACAAUAAAUAUUUGAGAUAAAAUACAAUGAAAAUGAAUAUAAAAAUGAAACUGAAUUUUUGCGAUAAUAGAAAUUCCAGAUUAGAAACAACAUAUACAAAUUAUGAAGGGCAUUCAAUCACCUGAAGAUAACUGAGGGAUAUACACCAAUGAUAAAAAAAUCUCUCUCUCUCUCUCUCUCUCUCUCUCUCUCCCUCCCUCCCUCCCUCCCUCUCUCUCUCCCUCCCCCUUCCUCCUCCUCCCUCAACGCACAUUUUCAGAUUUUUGUAUGUAUAUAUUCACCGUGCAUCAAAGAAGUUGUAGCUGAGUAGUAGCUAUUUCUCAGAAGUUAUCAUUGUUUUCCAAACUGGAUUUUGUAUAAACACAAUUAUUCAGCCAUGUCUCUCAAUCAUAUCCAUAUGUUCAAGUUGAAGAAAGUGUACUUUUUCAUCCAUACAUGUAAGUUGCUCUUUGGCACAAAUCUACAAGAUUAUCACAUCUGUUAGUCCUUACAGAGUAGUUAUGUACACAGAUUCAAUAAAUAUCUUAACCACGAAAGUCAAACAAAGAAUUGAAACUGGCCACAGUCUGAAACAAUUUAAUGAUUUAGGAUGUAGUACACAUUAUCAUUUUUGUUUAUUCAUAACUAUAUAGCAUCCUAUGAAUACAUUUUCUGUGAUACUUUUCUGGAUUAACUUAUUAGUAACUGCUAGUAAGUAAUGAAUCUGUGUUGUAAAGCAGUGCUCUUCAACUAAAAGUUACUGUUCUUGAAUAGGAUUCUUCUAUAAUAAGCCUCACAUCUGUGACAUGCUUACCAAUUAUCAGUCGAAUUGUGCCAUUGGCAGAAGUUUAUUUGAAAGCAUUUCAGAUCUAGCCGCUUUAGAACUUUUAAUGACACAGCUUGCUAAGUUAGUCCAAGAAAAGCAUCCAGUACUGGUAACACGAAGAAAACUGUUGUACUUUUUAUUGUAUCCUACAUUAAAACAAUGACCUAGACGAAAUUUAAUUCAUGAAUAAACGAAAUAUGUGAAACACCGAGUUCGGAAUGUAUUGAUGUAAUGCACAGAAACAGCGUGCAAGGGCAAAGGCUUCAGCAAGGAUUAACAGCUCAAUGAAGCUGAUAUAUGUGCAUACUUCAUUUACUUGCACAUGCUAUGUUUUUCCAUUGUACAUGUAGCCAAGAAUGAAGUUUUCCUGCUUUAAGAAAAUCUGUCCAAGAUACCUCUAUGAGAGGAUAUGAUUACUCUCACAUUUCUGUGCCUUGUUUUGGAUGUGGGUAAAUUUCUAUGGCAAUAGAAAGGAUUACCAGAUUACCAAUGCAAUUUCUGAAUUCACAGUGGUACUUCCCACAUAACUACCACAAACUCAUCAAAUAUCAACAAAGAUUAUAAGAGUGCAGGUUAAAAGUAAUUUGCAUUUUUAACACAGUAAUCAUAGCAUAGAGCUUAAAUAGUGUCUGUUGGCAGCAACAGUAGCCAUAAAAUCUCUAAUUAAGCAAAAUGGCAUGAAGUGGCUUAGGAUGAAUGGUUCAGAGCCCUGGACUGGAAGGUGUUGGUCUCAAUUUGAGUAGGAGUAGACACUUCCUUUUAGCUCAGUUUUACCCAAAUUGCCACAGGACAGUUACUGGGAACCUGAUAACCUUCUCAGAGUUUGGUGCAUGAUGUACUGACUCGCUUUAGAGCUUCAAAACUCAACAUGCAGCUCUGACUUCUCUUAUUCUAGACACUGUCGCGUUAGUGAUAAUUAAGGAAACCUGAAGGAUAGUAUGAUCACAAAAAGGUAUACACCUCUUUUGUAGAUAAGAAACUAAUCUAGACAGCAGGACAAAAUCUAGGCAGGGCCUGCAUGGUGAACUUUAGUUUUCUCAUUCAAGCAAUGAAUGCAAAAUACUGAAAUCAUAGAUGAGACAAUAUUGGCUAUUUUUAAAUUUCUUGCAUCACUGAAACUGCACUAAUUCAUAAGAACAUCAGAAAAGAAAUUAGCAUCUGCUAGUGUACAGAGCUCCACAUCUGAAAUGUACAGUUUCAUAUUUUAGUGCUUGAGCACCCAAUUAGCAUUUAAUAACCACCAUGUAUCCAAUUAAAUUUUAAGAUCAACACAUGUUUACAUUUUUAGUACAUGUCAGGAACAUAUUAAGAUCCAAGAAAAUUCAGGAGGAAGUAAUCUAAUAAAAACUACCACAAAACAUGUUAAAUGAAGCUCAUUGUAUUACAAAUGCUCUGCUUUCUAUAACGGUGAGAUAGAGAAUGAAAUUGUAGAGAAAUGUGCAGAAACAGCAGAGAAAUCGGUUUCCUGACUUUUAUCUUCUACAGAAAUAAGUAUUCUUCUUUUUUUAUUUCCUGAAGCAUUUUUAAACAAUUUAUAGCAGAAACUUUACUACAUAUUGCACUGAAAGGAGGAGGCUUUUUCACUAACUAUGUAGUUCCAUUAAAUUUGGGUUGUACAGAAUGUAUGUGACAGAAUUAACAAACAGAAGAAGAGUAAACAAUUUUCAAAAUGAGCAGCUCAGACAAAAGUGCAGACUGCACAGUAGUGAAAAUUGCCAGUGUUAUGACUGAACAAUGAAAACUCCAGAUUGGAAUAUCUACAAUUAUGGAUAGAUUGCAACUCAUGAUAAACAUGGAAUAUUGAGUUGCAGACAGGCACAAUAAAAAGACUGUUACACACUUUGGUGGGGGGCAGAGGGUGCUUGCUUGUGUGAAUGCGUAUGUGUUUUGCUUUCCUGAUGAACGCUUUUGCUGAAAGCAGAAUGUGCAACAGUCUUUUUGUUGUGCCUGUCUGCAGCUCAACAUGUCAUCUUUACAGUGAGUAGCAAUCUAUCCUUUCCAUAAUUGUUAACAUGGUGAUUAGUCAUAUUUCAUUUCAGAUGUGCAGAGCUUUAAUGUGUUGAAAAAUAUACUGUCUCAUUAGUGUUGUUUUUGUGGCCUUCUGUUUAUUCUGUACACAGCCUCAUUAGUUCUCAGAUUUGCAGUUUAAUAAAUUCUAUCAAUUAAACUCACACUGACAUGUUGUUUACACCUGAUCACGCUACGAAAGGAUGUUUAAUAUUCCAAGCUACUAAACAAAAGAAAAUGAAACAAAAUAUUUUUGAUACUGAUAUAUGUGUAUCUAAUUUUGAGUACUGACAACAGUGCAGUGUGAGAGCAAACAAACUUUGCCAUUUAUUAAGUAGUUAAUUAUUUUCAAUAGGUACUGUCUGAAAGCAAUCAUGUAACCAUUGUGAAAGAUAAGAUUGAUUUGUUAAAUGUAAAAUCCUAGUAAUAUUCAAAGAAAACCAUAAAACAAGUUACUAGUAAAAAUAUUAACAUAAUUAGCUAUAUAUAUAUAUGUUGUCAUUAACUGUUGUAUUUCUUAGUCUUUGAACAGAAGUGAUCUCUGUAGAUAGACUAUGUACUAAAGAAUUUGUGUCUUUCCCUAUUAAUUCAGUUCUCAAAGCUUCACAAAUAUAUCAUUAGUAGUCUUUAUUGAAUUAAAUAUUUUGUGAUAUUCAUUCUAGAUUCCACAAUACUGUACUGGAAUAUUCCACACCAAUGUAGAUACUUUUGGUGAUGGGUUACUCUGCAUAAAGAAGGGCAUAUGAAAAUAGUUUCUGUUAUUUGUAAUGCAAAAUAAAUAGAAGAUUUGAAAAAGAA